AGCAACGCGCCCAUUUUUACAAAAAACUCAUCCUGCUGACAAAAAGUUGAAGAAAAAUCCCAAUGAGUGCCCACAGGAAGUCCCGGAAGAUCAGCCCAAUGCGCCCCAAGAGCCGUGAAUCCAAAUGGGAGAGGAUUAAACGCAAAAAUUCCGUCUCAAUGCUCAAUAUAAAGACGGAAACCGUUAAGAAAUUCCUCAACGUCUUCACGGAUGAGUACAUUGCGGAUUUGGUCAGGAAAGAUGAGGAGAAAACCAUCCUGGAUCCUGCUAUUGUCAUGGAUGUGCGUCAUGAAGCUGUGCGACGUCCGAAGGAAGAAAACUCCCGGAAUGAUGAGAAAACUCCCAAUUUCCGGGAGCAGCAAAUGGAAAAAAUUUGCAAUCACAAGAAAGUCAUUGAAAUUAAUUUAAUUGAGAAUGAAUUGUCCAAGUUCCGGGAUGAAAUGUCCCGGAAACGACCAGCAAAGGAGAAGAAAGUUCAGAUUCCAGACAAUCCAUUUGUCCUCCUGGACAAUGGGGAGAUUUUUGCCAGUCUUGCCUCAACGGAGGAGAAGACAAAUUCAUUCUAUCGAAAAAUGAUUGAAGCUCCUCUUGCUAGUUCCCAGAUAUUCGAAGAAGCUUCCAAGAAUCCUCUUGAGGAAGUUUCAGAGCUUCCGAGAGAGGUGACUGACUGGCAGGAUGCGAAAAAUUCAUGUGUUCAGUUUGAGGACAAUGUGGAGGUCAUAACUUACUCCAAGGAAGCAUCUCUGGCCACAGAUUCAGACACUGAGAGUCUCCUGGAUGAGGAGGAGAGCUACCUCGGAAGGAAUUACCCUAAAGACAUCUUCAUUUGCGAGGAAACAACAACCACCACAAAGUCCUACUUCACAUUCCACGGCGCAACUUCCUCCCCGAGUCAGGAGAGUGAUUGUGGCAGCUCAAUAACACAUGGAAGCACUGAGAGUUCAACAAUCUUCAAUCAAGAAGAUGAUCUGGAAGCUUCUUUCCUCGCUCAGGCAAUGAAAACAAUUUCCAAAGAAGAGGAAAAGCCAAAAGAAGCUCCAGAAACCCCUGGGAAUGAACUAAUCAUCCGUCAGCUACUUCCGGAAAAGCGCCCUGAAGAGAAAUGUGAGAAAACAGAUCAGGCCACUGAAGAAGUCUCCCCGGAAAAGGUGAAAAUAAUCAGUGAGCUCUUCCGGGAGCACACGGAAGCUUAUAAGGAAUUCCGGGAGAUACUCUUGCGGAAGUACUUCCUCAAAUGGGUCCACUAUACCACCAUGGAGAAGAUCACAAAGUGCCAGAGUAUCUCCAGGAAGGAUAGAAUCGCCAAGAUUGAUGCCUAUCUGAGGAGGAUUCACGAUGAGAAGCGCAGGAUCCACCAGGAGCAGCAGAAUCCGCAGGAAACUCAAAAGCAGAAGGUAGCAUCGAAGGAAGAAACAAUCCUUCUGGCCAAGAAAUAUCGAAACAAAUUUAAAAUUCAACAGGAUAUAAUUGAAUUUCAAAAGCUUAAGCUUGAGCGUCAGGAGAGGAUGAUUGCUGAAUUGAGACUUUCAAAGCUCUCCGAGGAAGCCCGGAACUUUAAGCAGGAUCUCAAGCAUGAACUGAAACAAGUGGCCAAGACGGGAGAUAUUCGUGUACGCGCCAAGGCGAAAUGCCUUCAAAUUGUCAGCAAUCUCCGGGAUGAUGAUGAUGAGCAGAAACUCGCAGCUUAUGGGAGUGUCAUUCCGCGCUUCCUGGCCCAGAUGCAGGAACGUGCACUGGAGAGGAAUUUACGCCACGAGCGAGCAAAGGAGCGUCGUCGGCAGUUGGAAUUGGAGCGUGAGGAGGAGAAACAAGCGCAGGAGGCGGAGAAACGUCGUGAAGAUGAGGAAGCAAAAAAGGCACGAAUUGAGGCUCUCCGGGAGAAGCGUCGUCGUGAAAAGCAGGAAAAAAUCCGUCGGGAGCAGGAACGCCAGACGUGGUUGAUGAAUUGUCGACGUGCCAAUGAUUUCUACCGUGUGCACCUGCUAAAACUGUACGGAAUUGGGGCCUUCCGGAAGCUCCUGGAACGCAAGAGAACCCUCGAAAAUCGUGCUAUGGCAUUCAGGAAGCGCCAUCGUACACGCAUUUACUUCCGCAAAUGGAGGAGCUACACAAAAUCCCUUUGGGACAGAAAACAUGAGAAAGCUGAAGCCUUCCACGUAACAUUCAUCCUGCGUCAGGCAAUGCGUCUGUGGAAGCGGAAUCAUUUGAUGGAGAAAGCAAAAUUCCUGGUUGCCACGGAUUGGUAUGAGAUGCGUCUCAAUGAGCGCUUCUUCAGCUUCUGGUUGGCAUGGACAAAGCAAGAGCAGAUUGUCCUGGAGAUAAAGAUGAAGCACGCUGAGGCUCACUACAAUUGGCACCUCAAAUGGCGCUCAAUUGAGCACUGGCAGCGUCUCCAUGCCAUUCUGCGCAUGGAAAAGGAGACUGAAGCUCGUCGACAGCGAUGGCGCAACAAAAUCUGGGAACUUCUUCCCGACUACACCCCAAAUUUGGAGCCGUAGAGCAACUUGAAAUUUUUAAUUUAAAAUCAUGUAAAAUGCAUUAAACUUUAUGUACUAAAUCGACUACUAAAUCCUAUUGCAAUGGCGUGGUUUAUUA